AUGAUGAAACGCCAGCGGAACGCCAUCAGCGCGAAGGAGAAACUCCACUGGUUGAAGAUGCAGGACAGUCAGCCCGACCUCUCCAAUCGCGCCCUGGCAAAACUCGCGAAGGUGCAGCCCUGCCAGAUCCACGAAUGGAAGAAGAUGAGGGAGCGGCUGGAGGUCGCUUCCAGCUGCCGCCGUCGUCUCAUGGGGCAUGGGCGCAAGUCCAAGUACCCGUUCAUGGAACGCGCUGUCUACCGCCACUUCUUGAAGCACCGGGCGAAGGGCCUUGCCGUCACAGUCAGCAUGCUCCAGAAGUGGAGCGCCAAGUACAUGAAGCACAAGAUGCCCGGGUUGAACUGGCGCGCUUCGUUCCGGUGGGCGACUCGUGUGGUGGUCCGUGCACAGGAGAAAGGGUGGAUGGACGAAGCCCUGGUGCAGGAUUGGAUCACGCAGGUGAUGGUGCCGUUUCUGAAGCCCCUGCGUGAGACAACCGGCCGCCGCCGGGAGGGCUUGGUUGUGCUCGACUCCUACCGCGGCCAUUUGACCGAGGCGGUCGGGCAGACCAUGCGGAUGUUUCGGCUGUCUCGUGCUGUUAUCCCAGGGGGCUGCACACCGCUGGUGCAGCCUCUGGAUGUGUCGGUGAACCGCGCGUUCAAGUGUGGGGUGCGUCACCGCUACAGUCUCUGGUUUGAAGAAGAGGGCAUCAACCUCACCACCAAGGCCGACAGGAGUGAGGUGGAGGUCCUUGACGAUGUCAACGACCUGGUUGACGACGAAACGGUCGUCAACCCCUUCUACGCCGAAGUCCCCAUGCCGGCCGAGGAGCUGCGGGCGGCGGCACAUGAGGAGGACGCCGCCGAGGAGGACGCGGAGGCGGCGGCGGCAGAGGAGGAAGGGGUCGUGCUUGAAGAAGGCGGGGAGGCAGAAGAGCCAAGCGAUGACGAGUGGUGGCGCCCUGGCCGCUAUGACGGGGAAGAAUGUGACGAGUGGCAUGCUGGGGACGAUUCAGAGUGA